AUGGCAGAAUUCGAUCAAAUCAAGGAUAAUAUUGGACAUUUAAUAUCGAUCAAUGCAUUUUUUUCUACCACGAAAAACUACGAUCUAGCAAAGAUUUACUCGGGUUCAACUAGGACAGAUUCAGAAUUCUUAUCAGUUAUAUUUGAAAUUGAAGUUCAUCUAACUCAUCAUGCAAUGAAACGACCAUUUGCUUCCAUUGAACAUUUGAGUAAAUUUCCCGAAGAAGAAGAAAUAUUGUUUUCGGUUGGUUCAGUUUUUCGCAUUCUCAAUGUGGAUGAUCGACGAGCAACUGAUAGUUAUUACCUGGUUAAAAUGAUAAUGGUCGAAAAUGACGAUGAUUUAAAUGAACUUCGUAGCGAAUUAGAUCGACAAUAUUCACACUAUGGAAAUCUCUGUGAUUUUGGUUCUGCUUUAAUCGGUAUGAGUGAUUAUGAUCGAGCAGAAAGAUAUUUUCAAAUGCUACUGGAAUACACACCAGAAUCGAAUCCAUCGUUUGGUCUUAUACAAAAUUUCCUGGGCAUUAUUUAUGUCAAUCGAGGAGAUUAUCAGAAAGCAUUUGAAUUUCAAGAACGAGCAUUAAAAUUCUGGACUCAAGAUUCAUUGAUUCAAAGUAAUCAACAUCACAUUGCCAAUACCUAUGUUCAUCUUGGUGCUGCUUAUCGUCAUCGUGGACAAUUUGAUUUAGCAUUGAAAUACUUAUUAAUGGCAGUCGAUCUGCAAUCACCGACUACAUCAUUAGCAUUUACCUAUAAUGAAAUUGCCCUCACCUACCGAAAGAAAGGCGAUAAUCGAUUAGCAUUGAAUUAUUUUUUAAAAGCUCUGGAUAUCGAUGAAAAUGUUUUAAAACUCGACAAAUAUCAUCCGGAAUUAGCCACGGCCUAUAAUAAUAUUGGUGAAAUCUAUUCUCAUUUAGAUGCCUAUGAUGAUGCUUUAAACUAUUUGACGCAUGCCUUAGAAAUACGUCUCAAAGGCACCGUGGCGACACACACCGAUCUAGCUGCUAUCUAUCAUAAUUUGGGAACGAUCUAUAUGAAAAAAAAUGAUUUUACAAAAACAUUAGAAAUGCACAUGAAAGCCUUAGAAAUCGAUAGUCAAAUAUUUCAUGACGAUCACGAAUCGUUAGCUACAUCGCACCAUCAGAUUGCCGCUGUUCAAUUAGAAUUAGGAGCUUUAUCAGAAGCUUUAUAUCAUGCAGAAAAAGCUUUAAGAAUAGUGUUACGUUCACAAGCCAAAGAGAAUCUUUCUUUGGUCUCGAGUUUUCAAUAUGGUCUUGGAUUUGUGCAAUACCGUUUAGGCAACAUGGGAAAAGCAUUAAAAAUGGCUGAAAAAGCACUAAAUAAUCUCCUAGCUUGUUCUGCCGAGCAUCAGAAAAAAAUGGGUGCUAUCUAUAAUUUCUUUUCGUUGAUUUAUGAAGAAGAAGGAGACAUAGUCAAGGCUCUGGAAUAUGUGAAGAAAGCGAUCGAACAAGCAAAGAUUUGGGCUAUACGUAAUCGUACUUUUGAAUUAGAAACAUAUUUAGCACGAUUAGAUCAAUUGAAAAAUAAAGAAUCUGAAAGAUCAUUCACAUCCGGAAAAAUGUCCCUUGAUCAUAUGACGAAUCAUGAUGAUCUCAUCCGUCAAUUCAAUGAAGAAUUUCAACGAACUUCGUCAACAGAUAUUCUUGAACGUCUUCGAUUAAUCAAUAAUUUAAUUACCAUUUGUUCAAGACACAACAAUUUUUCUGCAGUAUUCAAAUAUUUUAACGAAGCGAAUGUUAUUUAUUCCGAGCAUCAAUCUUCUAAUUUGAUAACUAAAGAACAACUUGAUGAAAUCAUGAUUAAUAUCUUGUUCAAUACGGCAAGAUCCUACUAUCGUCAACAAAAUUGGACAAUGAGUUUGAAGAUGUUCGAAAAAUCAUGUGAUCUAGUACUGAAACAGAAAGAUGACAAUCCUGUAUUACCCGAAAUCUACUAUUGUAUGGCAGCAGUUUAUGGACAUCUAGGAGAAAUUCAAUUGGCCACCGAUUAUUAUGAAUUAACGAUUAGUACGGCUAGAAAACGAUUGUCCGAUGAUCAUCCCGAUAUGCAACGAUAUACUUUUCAAUUUCAACUGUUUAAAAAUAACCUAGAAGAAGCAUAUUCGAAAGGGUACUUAAUCAGAAAAUGA